AUGAAUCCCAAGGCAAGGGCCUCCUGGAUGUACUCCUCCAUAGCCCGGUGCUCAGGGCCUGAGAGAGAAAACAACCUUCUGCUGGGGGAAUUGUCCCAGGGAGAAGGUCAAGGCCAUGUCGCAGGGACGGGGGGGGGGUGGGGUGGUGUGGGGAAGGAUUUGGGCCUUUUGCUUACUAAAGACCUCCCAGAGGUCCAGGUAGUCAGAGGGUACCCUGGAAAGCAUGACAGGGCGUGUUGGUGCGUCACCUCCCCUGGCUCCAGGGAGCGCCUGUCUAUCGCUGCUAUUGGUAAAGGUUCCCCUAGGGGAACCAGCGGCAAGGCAAGCCUUCUGGCCAAGGCCACUUCCAGGAAGUUGCCUGCCGCUCUUGAAUCCAGAAAAGCUGGAUUCAAGAGCGUUCAGGAGAUGGGUCCCCGAAAACGGGUGGAAAACAAAACCCGAAAAUGGGCAGACAAACACAAAAUGGCACUGAGCAUUGAAGUUGCAUCUAGUAAAAAAACAACACAGGAAAGGCCAAUCAAAUGCAACGACAUCUUUAAACUCUUACCAGAACAGAAACGACCCAUCAGAACUGUACUGACUAAAGGAGUUGCUGGAAUUGGAAAAACAGUCUCUGUGCAGAAGUUCAUUCUGGACUGGGCUGAAGGAGAAGAAAAUCAGAAUGUUCUCUUCAUAUUUCCACUUCCUUUUAGAGAACUGAAUCUAAUGAAGGAGAAGAAACUCAGUCUGAUGACUCUUCUUCAGCACUUCUUCCCAGAAACACAAGAUUUAACACCAAGACAUUAUAAGAGCUACAAGAUCAUGUUCAUCUUUGAUGGUCUGGAUGAGUGUCGACUGCCUCUGGAUUUUCAGAACAAUGAGAAUUUGGUGAAUAUAGAAGAGCAAACCUCAGUGGAUGUUCUGCUGACGAAUCUCAUCAAGGGGAAUCUGCUUCCCUCUGCUCUCCUCUGGAUCACCUCUCGACCAGCAGCGGUCAGUCAGAUCCCUCCUGGGUGUGUUGACCAGGUAACAGAAGUGCGGGGUUUCAGUGACCCUCAGAAACAGGAGUACUUCAGGAAGAGAAUCAGGAAUCAGGACCUGGCCAACAAAGUCUUCACACACAUCAAGUCUUCAAGAAGCCUCUACAUCAUGUGCCGCAUACCAGUCUUCUGCUGGAUUACAGCCACUGUUCUAGAGAGCAUGCUGAGUGAAGCUGAGGUCGUACUGACCCCGAAAGAGAGGAUCUAUCACAGCAAUGAGGAAACAAUCAAAUACAUAAAGAAGAAGAUUGAGGAAAACUCAUCUCCAGAGAAAUCCAUCAAUCUGUUCCACUGUCUGAAUGAACUGAAUGAUCAUUCCCUAGUGCAGGAAGUGCAGAAAUACCUGAAUAGAGGUGGUGGCCAUCGUCUUCAACAGGCCAGGCUCUCUCCUACUCAGUGGUCAGCUCUGGUGUUUGUGUUGGUGAACUCAGAAGAAGAGCUGGAGGAGUUUAAUCUCAGUAAAUAUGAUGCAUCAGAGGAGUGUCUUCUGAGGCUGCUGCCAGUAGUUAAAAUAUCCAGAAGAGCUGUACUAGCUUCAUGUAAUCUUGGAUUAAAGACCUGUGAAAAUCUGGAAUCAGUUUUAAACCUGGAAAACUCCCCCCUGAAAGAGCUGGACCUCAGUAACAAUGACCUGCAGGAUUCAGGAGUGGAGCUGCUCUCUGCUGGACUGAUAAGUUCACACUGUAAACUGCAGAUUCUCAGAUUAUCUGGUUGUAUGAUCACAGAGAAAGGCUGUUGUUCUCUGGAUUCAGCUCUAAUUUCAAACCCCUCCCACCUGAAUGAGCUGGAUCUGACCUACAACCACCUAGGAGAGUCAGGAGUGAAGCUGCUUUCUGCCAGACUGGAGGAUCCACACUGCAAACUAGAGACCCUCAGAGUGGAACAUGGAGGAAUGAUCAGAAUCAAACCUGGAUUUAAAAAAUACGGCUGUGAUUUCACACUGGAUCCAAACACAGCGCACCGUUAUCUCUCUCUGAGUGAGGAGAACAGGAUGGUGGAGAAUAAAGAGGAGCUGCAGUCGUAUCCUGAUCAUCCAGAGAGAUUUGAUGGGUGGUAUCAGGUUCUGAGUAGAGAGAGUGUUACUGGACGCUGUUACUGGGAGGCUGAGUGGAGCGGAGGAGCUGCUGUAGCUCUGAGUUAUAAAACCAUCAGCAGGAAAGGAGGAGGAUCAGACUGUCAGUUUGGAGGGAAUAUAAACUCCUGGAGAUUGUUCUGCUCUGAUAACAGUUACUCUGUUCUUCACAAAGAGAACAGAACUGACCUCCCCCCUCCUCCCUCCGGCUGCAGGAAAGUAGGAGUGUAUGUGGACUGUCCCUCCGGCAUUCUGUCCUUCUACAACGUCUCCACUGAUACACACACACUCUCACACACUCUCACACAUAUACAUACAUUCUACGCCACCUUCACUCAGCCCCUCUAUGCAGGGAUUAGGGUUUAUUUUGGCUCCUCAGUGCGCCUGUGUAAGAUAGAAUAACCCUGUGUGUAAUAGAGUGUGU